UCUGGACCAAUCGCGAGGCAGCGCGCGCCGCUCGGAGCCCCGGGUAAGCCUCCUCGGUAGCGGCCGCCGCAGAAACUCCCGGCUCCAGCUGUGGCUGCCGCUGCCGGGAAAGCCGCCGCUGGCUCCUGCGGGGAGAGAGGCGAGAGGGUCCCGAGGAAGCGCGUUGCCAAGGGGACCGAGGCCUCUGCUUGCGUUGUCAAGGAGACGGGGGUUCUAGAGCCCGCCCCCUGUCAGGAGCCCGGCCGGAUUCCGGAGUCUCAGAGCCACACCUGCGGGCGCAGCAGCGGCUGCGAGAGGAUCGCGGGGGAACCAGGUGGUCGUCUCCUUGCAGGGGCCUUCCGGAGCGUCCUUGCACUAGUGCCAGCGGAAAAGGGGUUUCCAGGCACCCAAAGGCAACUUGCACCUUCCAGGGCGGGGGGAAUAGAUCUGCGCCCAUUCAGGGUUCUGGGCUCCUUUGUCCUGAGAUAAUUGCACGUCUGAAGUGGCGCUCGUGGCCAAGAAGCGGGCAUAGGAGUGGUUUGGUCACGGGGCGGAGAAAGGCUUUGCUUUCCUGUGCAAUAAGGCCCAUCAAGGUAGCAGUUAAGGUGUGUUUUCCUGGCAAAACACCCCCAAAUCCGUGCUCUUCAUUUUAACGUGUCACUGCACAGCUUGUGUCCUGUGGUACCCGGUUCAUCCUUCACGUUGGCUGCCCCACGUUUUGCACUUCUGACUUUUUUCUUUGCACUCCAUGCUGCUAUGCUUCCAGUCUGCACACUGAAGAACUUGCCGCCCUUUCAGAAGCUCCCUGCUCAUCCUAGCUGAAGGUGGAUUGUGUGGAGUGGAUGCAACCGCUAAGCCCUGCUGCCACCUCCACUGCCUGAUUCACGUUCCCACCUAUCAGAAGCAUCUUUUUCCUCCUGGGUGAAGCCAAGAGCCCUGUCCUUCGCCCCUUCUGUGCUUGAAGGAGACACCUGGAGCAAGCCAUGCUCUCUGAGGCCCUCCCCUGCUUCCAGUUACUCCGGAUGGGCCCGGCUUCGCCUGGGGAUUCGCCCAACCGGGAUCUCUACACCUUCCGGCCUGCUAGGCCCAGCUGCACUUACCGGCUGGGCCGCCGAGCUGAGGUCUGCGAUGUCGUCCUGGUGUCGGAGGAGAACCCAGCCUUGGUGUCGCGGAUCCAUGCAGAGAUCCAUGCUGAGAGGGAUUCUGACAGCACCGCCGGGGAGUGGCGAGUUGGCCUGGUGGACUACAGCACCCACGGUACUUACGUCAACGCCGUCCGAGUACCCCAUGGCCAGCGAGUGGACCUGAACGACGGAGACCUUCUGACCUUUGGCCACCCCAGCCCAGUCCCUGAGGGCUGUGCCCUGCCACUCCCGCACGGCAACUCCGAGUUCUACUUCCUCUUCCAGAAAGUCCACGUCCGGCCGCAGGACUUCGCUGCUAUCACGGAGCCCAAAGCCCCCUGGGCCUCCUCCUGCGGCUUCCGGCCGGUGCUGCCCUCCGGCAACCACCGCAUCCGCCCUCUGUCCCGCCACUCGCCCACCGCCCUCUCCUGCCGCUCCAAAGCCACCCUCAUCCUCAGCUCCAUCGGCAGCCUCAGCAAGCUCAAGCCGCAACCGUUCACCUUCUCCCUGGGCCGCGGUCGGUGCACAGAACCCCCCGCUCAGCCGAAAACCUCUCGGAACCGGCGCAAGUCCGCUCACACGCUGCUGCCUGAGCUGGAGGACGAGAUCACGCGGCUGGAGGAGGAGCAGCCCACCCCGGGCAAGGAGCAGCGGCUGGGCGGUUAUGCUCAUUGCCAUAGCGCCUUGCGGCUUCAGCAGAGAGUGCCGGAGGAGAGCCAGAAUUUGCAGGAAGACGAAGGUCCUCCGAAGCUCCACGUCACACCCAGCGGGAAACGUCGCGGCCGGCCCCGGAAGAACCCCCUGGGGAGCACUUGCCAAGUCUUCUCCCAGACUCUGUCCACGUCGGAGCCGUGCGCUGCCCCGAGGUGCCACCUUCCUCAGGACGAGAUGGUGGAGUGGGUCCAGUGUGACGGCUGCGACGCCUGGUUCCACGUGGCUUGCGUGGGCUGCAGCUACAGCGCCGUGAAGGAGGCUGAGUUCUGCUGCUCCGCCUGCCGCUCAUAAGGAGGGUGGCCGCGGCCGGAGAGGUGCCCUCGCCCCUGCCCCCAAAUGGGUAAUAUCAGUGGACUCCAGCAGGACACGCAAGGACUUUUCCCCAUCUUUAAAGUGGGUUGGUAAAAAAUUGCACAAGGAGCGUGUUUUCAGGGACAAGCGAAAGAACAUGGCAGUCUCGCUCAGAGGGAGGCUGUGAGAAAACAUACCAGACUUUAGCUUCCUUGUGUCAAGGAGUCAAGUCCAUCUCCGAAAACCAAGAGGCCACAUUGCACUGGGGAAGACAUGGAUAUUAUUACAUGGGGAAGUUUCCGGCUAACUCCAGUGCUAGAAGCUGCGGAGGGACGGGACCUCUGGAUGCUGCGAGACUUCGGCUUCCACCUUCCCCGGCCACGGACCCUUCUGGCUGGGGGCUGAUGGGAGCUGGAAACACCAGGGGGGUCACCGGUUCUUCUCCCCUGAUUUGUGCUGCCCAAAGCCGGCCUUCAACUGAAAGGGGCAAGCGAUUGCUUGAGAGGGACAAUCGGGGCAGAUGCACAACGCCACCGUUUACCUUCCGAGGUCUUCAUCCUCUAAACUUACAGGGAAGAACCUGCCGCACUCGGAAGAAACCGCUUACGAACACCUAGCAUGCCAGUUUUCCCGUUGCACAGCGGUGUGUGCAGAAUGGCCACCCUCGCAGCAAUAGCCCUGCAGCCUGGGAAGCUGCCCAACUUUUACAGGGCCGACCUUGGGAAAAUAUUUCAGAGACCCCAGAAGAAGUGAGUUUCUGAGGGUGCAGUAGGGCGGCUGCCUCACCUCAGUGCUCCGGGAAGUUGCCAGUUUAUUGGGUUCGCAUGAAGUAGCGAGACAUUGGAACAGCUGCCGAAGAGCAAUGCCUGCUGUUAACUUAGCUGGGAAGAGAGUCCCGCCCUCUCAAAGCUUUUUACGAAGAGACAAGUAGGGGGUCAAGUGUUUUGAUGAACUAGGUGGGAAUCUUAGGAUGCUAUAUUCCAGAGUAGCAGCUAUAGUUAGGCCUUAACUGGAGGUGAUGGGGCAGUCAGAGUGGCAGUCGCCCAUCUGCCCUGUUCACUUAUGAAGUGCAUGUGUCGAGUUUGGCACCCAAAGGAGUGUGCAAGUGAGAGGGACUUGCACCUCCCGCCAUUUUACCUCAAAUCUGCUUUUGCAUUUUCGUCCUCCUUUGCACCAACACUGGGCUAGAAGGUCACAACUCUUCUUGCAAAUGUGCUCUUUUCAUGUAAAGGGAAAAACAAACAAACCCCAGCCCUUUCCCCCUUUAGACAUAAAGAUGACAGAUGCACAA